AUGAGAGCACUCUGCUUUGUUCUCACUAUCACGAACAUCCUAUGCCCUGUACUAUCGGCAUCUGUACGAAGUCAAGAUGAAUGGGACCUGUCGACUUCACUAAAUGGAUUCUCCUUUGAGCGAGCCAAAGCUUUGGCAUUCAAGCCUAUCAAGUCUGCUGAAAACCUUGGUGUUUACACAUCACGACUGAAAAACCUCAAGUCCAAGUCUGAUGUUUACCCAAGGUCCUCGCUCUCUCUUCUUACAAGGCCAGAUCUGCAAGCAUUCUCUGAUGGAAACGGCACAGUUCAUCAUCAGAAUAUAUCUGCUGUUGGCGCCUUCUCGACUGCCUAUGCCAUUCAAUGCACAUGGGACCAAACUCCUGUUUGGUUGAUCUUCGACACUGGAAGUUCCGACACUUGGGCUGCCAAGACUGGCUUCAGGUGUGAGAACAGCGUAGGCAACAAACGUGACCAAGCUGCCUGCGAAUUCGGCCAGCCUCAUAUCUCGGACUUUCUCCAGGAUAUCUCUGAAGUCUAUUUCCAUAGACGCUAUGGAUCUGGAGAGGAUGUGUCAGGGCCAAUGGGUACUUCUGACAUCGCCUGUGGAGGCGUCUCGGUUUCUGGGCAGCAAGUCGGAUUAGCCAACAGAGCAUUCUGGCACGGUAACAACGUCACUGUCGGUAUUCUUGGCCUUGCAUACCCGUCACUCACAAGCGGAUAUAUUGGUGAUCCAAGCGAUCCGGUCGAUGAGUCGGAGUGGAACAACUACCCUUAUACCCCUUGGUUAACCAAUGCUAUCUCCCAAGGAUUGAUUGACCCUGUUUUCAGUAUCACUAUCGACAGAAACACCAGCGAUGGAGUACUGGCCUGGGGUGGGCUUCCUCCCAUGCACUGGCAUCCUAAGUCCGUCGCAUCGACGGAUCUUAUCAUUACAAAACUAAUAGAUCGAGAUGUCACGGCCUGGAAACCAUCAUUCUACACCAUCAUUCCGGAUGGCCUUCAAUGGGGAAGUACUACGGAUAUGGGGAAAUAUCCUUACGUCGUCGAUACCGGAACCACAAUGAUGUAUAUCCCUCCCUCACUGGCCGGGGCGAUUGCAAAAGCUUUUGAUCCUCCGGCUACGUAUAUGCCUCGAUGGGGAUCCUACUUUGUCAACUGUAAAGCCAUCCCUCCUCAUUUUGCGGUCAUUAUCUCAGGAGUUCACUUCUGGAUCAAUCCUGCUGAUCUGAUCUACCAAGAACUUGUCGACCAGUCCAACGGAAAGUGUGCUCUUGCCAUUUCAACUGGUGGAUCUGGGCCAUAUAUCCUGGGAGAUGUCUUCUUGCAGAAUGUCGUGGCAGUCUUUGAUGUCGGUGGUGCAGAAAUGCGCUUCUAUUCUAGAGAAUAG